AUGGAAGUGGACAAUAGAACAUUCAUCACCGAGUUCAUUCUUCUGGGAUUUCCUGAACUUCACGGAAUAAGGAUGGCAUUUUUUACUCUUGUUCUUCUAAUGUACCUCAUUUCAGUUUUGGGCAACUGUUUAAUCAUCACGGUUGUCUUUAUGGAACCCAAGCUCCACAUGCCCAUGUAUUUCUUCCUCAGCAACUUUUCCCUGGCUGAACUCUGCAGCAUCACAGCGGUGGUCCCAAAGAUGUUGACCAACCUUGCCUUGGACCAAAACACAAUCUGCUUCACAUGCUGUAUGGCACAAUCUUUUUUUGCCUUCUCUAUGGGAGCCAUACAGUUCUUCAACCUCACCGUCAUGUCAUUUGACCGUUACACAGCCAUUUGCAAACCAUUUUUAUAUAAUGCCAAGAUGACGAAUGAAAUUUGUUUGUACCUUUCAUUGAUGACUUGGUUCAGUGGGUUUACACUGAACUUUUUUCAGGCAAUUGUUGGUUGGAAUUAUCCAUACUGUGGGAACAAUGUCAUUGACCAUUUCUUCUGUGAUGUUGGACCUAUUUUGAAAUUAGCUUGUGUUGACACAACAUUGAUGGAGCUCGUUGGUCUCUUUUAUGGUGCUGUUGUGAUGUGGGGUUCAUUUUUCUUUACCCUGGUUUCUUAUGCAUGCAUUAUAACCACCAUAGUUCAGAUCCCAUCUGUCAGUGGACGAUCAAAAGCUUUUUCUACGUGCUCUUCUCAUCUCACUAUUGUCAGCAUCCUCUACGGGGCGUCGUUUUUUAUGUACCUCAGACCCUCAACACAAGGUGAUACCCGGAUUAACAAAAUGGUAUACCUCAUGAUCAUAGUUUUUUUGCCUAUGUUAAGCCCUUUUAUCUUUACAAUCAGAAACAAAGAAUUCAAAGCAUCUGCCAAUAAAGUACUGAGCAUUUCAGGCCAUGUCCCUUUAUUUGGAUUCAUGGACUUAAUGAAGCAACAGAAGUUCAUGAAAACAUGUCCCCAUUGUCAGGUCUGA